UAGCUUUACACAUUCAAAUCGAAAUACAUAUAAAAGAAAAAUGGCGAGGUUGUCCCUAGGUGUGAUGUUUCUUCUGUGUCUAGUCGCCACAGCCGCUGCCCAAGCACAGUGUGGCAAGCAGGCCGGCAACAAGAAGUGUUUUAACAAUCUUUGCUGUAGCCAAUGGGGCUUCUGUGGGACGACUCCUGAGUAUUGUUCCCCUUCUAAUAAUUGUCAAAGCAACUGCAAAGGUAGGAGCAGCCUCGAUGGCAGUGAGAGUAUCAGUGCUUCUAAUGUGAGAGCUACUUCUCGUUCCUACAAUUCUGAGCAGAAUGGAUGGAACUUGAACGCUGCAAGUGCCUUCUGCUCAACCUGGGAUGGUGAUAAACCAUUGGAAUGGCGCAGUAAACAUGCCUGGACUGCCUUCUGUGGACCUGUUGGUCCCCAAGGCAAAGAUGCUUGCGGGAAGUGCUUAAGGGUGACAAAUGCUCGGACUGGUGCUGAAGCAACAGUGAGAAUUGUUGAUAAGUGCAGCAAUGGAGGCCUAGACAUGGACGCUGCCACUUUCAAGCAACUGGAUACUGACGGAAAAGGCAAUGCUCAUGGCUACCUUAUGGUGAAUUACCAGUUUGUGAACUGCACUGAUGACUGAAGAGGACCAUCAUGAUCAUCAUCUUCUGCUACGAUGAAGAUGAAGGGAAGCUUUCUUCUUGUAUAAGUUUUCAGCAUGUAAUGAAUAAAGUGGUUUAAUAAUAGCUCAACAGCCAUUGUUGAUCCUAUUUUUGAAUCAUCUUUGGAAGAAAUAAAAUUGAGUUGAAUGAAAA